AUUCAUCAUUUCUUGUCAAUUUAAUUAGAAAAAUGUUCUAUGCAUUUCUUUGUAAAAUCCUGAGUUUCAUGACUUUGAAAUGGAUGUUUUUUAAAUCAUUUAUAGCUGAUGAAAUGUCAUGAAACUUCAGGAAAUUAAUAAUUUCAAAAGAAGCACUUUUGUGUCAUUUGAGGAAACACCUUUAAUUUUUGGAUUUAAAGAUUUUUCUGCUGCAUUUAAUUUUGAUCUGAUUCACGCACAAAAAACGUCUCUGCGUCGCUCGACAUUGCUGUUUGAUACCUAGGUAAACGGGGCAGUAUAAACAAUUUGUUUGUCUUUUGUUUCAAAUCACCAUCACAUUUUUUACUUUUUCCGGAGGAGAGCGAAUGUGCAGAGCAUCCUCAUCCAGCUCCUUGACACGCAGACUCGGAUGUCCUUUUGCGCGCAAAGCUGCGGGCCGCAAUGUUUCUGCUGGCGCUCCAUACGCACCUUUUUUCAUGUUUGCGAAUGUUCACGGGCCUCCCUUUUACGCAGCGUGAAAACUGUGUGUUCUGACUGAUGUGUGCGAGCCCCCCAAACCUCAGGAAACGGGUUUGGGUCACCACCGUGACACUGAACGAACCACGGAGGAAAACAUAAAUGUGGGAGAGUGAAUCAGAACCAGAUCGGAUAAUUUCUGGAUACAUUUUUUUUAUUUGAUUUAAAAAUAUGGCUACUUUAUUGUUGAGCAGCUGCAAAAACAGGGGACAAAAUUUCCUGAAAUAGAAAUGUUACUUUAACUCUGAAGGCAUUUUCUUAGUUAAAUAUUUUUAGUUGAACACUUCUGUGUUUGGAACCUCAGUUGUGAGUGAAGGAGCCUUUUCAAGAUUUAUAUUCUGCUCUGCAGCUUGACUAAUUCACUACAGAAUUAAACAGAACAGAACAACAUUUUUGUGCGGAUUGAAGAGGAAUAAACGCAGAAAGUGGCACCGUUUUACGCGCAGAUUAAAUUUUACUGUUGUGUCGCUGCUAUCAGAAAAAAAAAACCCUCGAUUGUUUUAAACCAAAUUAGGAUAUUCACAGAAAAUCUUUCAGGAUAAUAAAUCAGAUUAAAAACAUUUUCAAAAUAUCCAAAGCUUCCCGGAAAUGAGUCUUUAUCACUCCAUUAAAUGUCGAUCCAAACGACGUUUUCAGUCUUGAUUGACUUUUUAUCUACAGCGGGAAUCCACAUCUGUGCAUGCGCACCGCGCGCGCACAGGUGAUUAGCCGCAUAAAUGUUCCCUUUAUCGGGCUGAAUGGAGGCGAUAAUGGUGCUGUUAUCGGGUCCCAGUGGGGGUCUGGAUGGAUGCACGGGGGGAGUCUGAGUCCGACAGGAAGCCCCCCUGAAUCAGUGAGCAUCCCGUCAGAUUCCAGCCUGGGUCUUCUUCAUUUCAGAACUGAGACAAACCGGUCCGGUUCUGCAGAGAGAGGCCGCGUGUCGCCAGCAUCCAAACAACCGAAUAAUCGGAUUAAUUUCGCAGGAAGAGUUCGUCUGAGCGGCACCUCAUCCCCGCAAACAGUGCGGAUUAUCUUAAUUGAAUUAAUUUUCAAUACACAGAGACUCGCUCGACCUCCGCGCGUGACGUCACGGGCUAUAAGAGGAGCUGCACUCGAGGUCGGCCUCUUCAAAACUUCAGUCAUCUUGAGGAGAGCAGUUCACGCGAAGAGGACCGACAGAAGCGCGUGACCAUGUCGGGUUUUUACUGAUUUUGGAUUCUUUUUUUUCCCGGGAAACUAAAGCAGGACUUAUUCGCGCCCCUCCAGCCCCGCUCCUGUCAUGCCCGCAGGGAUGUUCAGCAUCGACAGCAUCUUGUCCGGACGGCCGAGCUGCAAGGAGCCGCUGCUGCUGCACCGCGGGGGCCCGCUGCUGCUGUCCGGUCUCGCAGACUCGGUCUACGGGGACUACGGCGGACUGUACCCGGCCGCGCGCGGGCCGUCCCCGCCGGGGGUUCACUCCGUGAGCGGCACGCGGAUCGGAUAUAACGGCUACUACUACGGACAGCUGCAGGUUCAGGGCGCCGGGGGGGCGCCGCCAUGCUGCGGGGCCGUGGGAGGCCUGAGCCCGCAGCAGUGCCCCUGCAUCCCCGCAGGCUACGACAGCCCGGGCUCGGUGCUCAUCUCCCCCGUGCCGCACCACAUGAUGUCCUACGUGAACGUGGGCAGCCUGUCGCGCACGGAGCUGCAGCUUCUGAACCAGCUGCACUGCCGCAGAAAGCGGAGGCAUCGCACCAUCUUUACCGACGAGCAGCUCGAGGCUCUGGAGGGGCUCUUUCAGGAGACCAAGUACCCGGACGUUGGCACGCGGGAGCAGCUCGCGCGGAAGGUCCAUUUGAGGGAGGAAAAGGUGGAGGUGUGGUUCAAGAACAGACGCGCCAAGUGGCGGCGGCAGAAGCGCUCCUCCUCAGAGGAACCGGAGAACCCGCAGAAGUGGAACCAGCGCGCGCAGACUGAGAAGAGCUGCGAGAGCAAGAGCGACGUGGACUCGGACAGCUGAUAGAGAGGGCUGCAGCCACGUACGUGCACAUCUCCGUCCUGUGGACCUCCGGUGGUGUGACGUUGCACAGGUGUACAUAUCUCCAUGCUUGUGAUUCCCUUAUUUAUUAAUUUAAGCGGUCCGAGCGCGCAAAGGAAGGGCGCACGCUGCCCCAUGCGGACUGACCGCGCGCCUCUCCAUGUUGUAACACGUGACUGUUUCCUGCCUGUUAUUAAUAAUAAUAUUAUUAUUAUUAUUGUUGUAAAUGUGCGCGGCCCCGCUGGAGCUCAGGAGGCGGGAGCGCGGAGGCUUUAGAUGACAUUAAAGUGUGAAAGUGGAACUUCA